AGUGAGUGCAUCCGUAAUAUGGCAAACAAACCCCAAGGGGUUACAUGGGCAUCUUCAGUCACCGGCAGCUUCCACUCCCUGGUGGCUCUGCUCAUUGCUGUCCUCGUCGUCUCCUCCCUCUACCUCUCGCGGGACCGGCCAUGGCUCGGGAGCCCAACGCCCACCAUGCCAACCCGUGAAUGCGACCUGUUCUCCGGGAGGUGGGUGUACGACGACGCGUCGCACCCACUAUACGAGGAGAAGCGAUGCCCGUACAAGUCGUCGGAGAUCACGUGCGACGCGCACGGGAGGAAGGACACGAAGUACCAAAAAUGGAGGUGGCAACCCCAUGGCUGCGACCUUCCCAGAUUCAAUGCGACAGCGUUUUUGGAGAAGCUGAGGAACAAGAGGCUGGUGUACGUGGGCGACUCUUUGAACAGAGGCCAAUGGCACUCCCUGGUUUGCAUGGUCGAGCCUGCCAUCCCUGCCGGCUUCAAAUCCAUGUCGCGUCCGCGCAACGCCUCCUUACGCUUCUUCACGGCUCAUGAGUAUAACGCGACGAUCGAGUUCUACUGGGCGCCGUUGCUGGUAGAGUCGAACUGCGAUGAUCCCCAAAACCACUCGGGUCACCAUCGGAUCGCUCGAGUUCGAUCCAUUGAAAAUCAUGCCAAGCACUGGCGAGAUGCGGAUUUCCUCAUCUUCAACACCUACCUCUGGUGGAGGCUGCCCGAGAUGGAACUUCUGUGGGGAUCGUUUGAAAGUCCAGCUGCAAUGCACAAAGUGGUGAAAAUGCCCCGUGCGUAUGAGAUGGCUCUCAAUACCUGGUCAGAUUGGUUGGAGGCGCAUGUCAACAGGUCAAAGACCAAAUUAUUCUUCGCUACCAUGUCUCCGUCUCACGAAAACGCCAAGGAAUGGGGUGGGAUUCCUGGUCAAAGCUGUUAUGGCGAAACCGAGCCAAUUACCCGAGAAGGGUACCGGGGAACCGGGUCGGUUCUCGCGAUGAUGCGGGUGGUGGAGAGAGUGAUCAAGAAGCUCGAAACAAGAGGCGUGACGGUUCAUGUCCUCAAUAUCACGCAGCUAUCGGAGUAUCGGAAGGACGCACACCCGGCCAUCAAUAGGAAAUAUUGGCAUCCCCUGACGAAAGAGCAGCUCGCAAAUCCGGUCAGCUAUGCGGACUGCUUCCACUGGUGCCUCCCCGGGCUACCGGAUGUGUGGAAUGAGCUUCUCUACACUUACAUUUUCCACAUUCUAGACACCUAGGUUCGGAUACCUAGUUUGGAGGUGCACAGAGGCAAUUGCAAAAUACUAGCUGUGCCAUUGGGUAUACUAGACGCACACAUUAGCGAUAGAUCGAGGACAAUUUUGCCGGUCCAAAAUUGGAGGGA